GACAUGUUUUGUUGUGUUUGCAUGCAUGUGUGCACUCUUCUAACAGUAUUUGUAGUAUGAAUGUGAUAUUCUGUCCUUGUUUGCACAUGCUUAAAAGCCUUUCAAUUAGUGUCCAGGCUGCAUAGUGUGGACAGGUCAUGUUUGAUUCGCACCUUGUUUUAAUUCUCAUUUUUACUUAACACCUAAUUUGUAAAUCUCAGUCUGAAAUUUACCUCAUUAUAAUGACUAUUUUUUACAUCUUGCAGGUAUAUGAGUGAAAUUAGCGCCUGUCAAGGAAUUUAAAUGUUAUGAAUGUAGAAAGUGCAUUUACACCUGCUGCAAUUAUCAUGAAUGUGUUCAACACAAAUUUCCAUUUCUGUUGUGCUAUGUGAUUCGACAUGAUUAAUUAACAGUUUUGUUUUAUUGAUACCGACAUACUGUAUUUUAAACAAACCUAAAAAGGAACCAGACAAACCACCGCAGACAAAUCCAUUAUUCAUUUCUAGGUGAAGUUAUGACAAAUGUGUGCUAUUCCCUCUGGUCUGAGCCGGCUGCCAUGUCUGUCACAUGCUACAUUAACUGAGACAAUCUGAAAAACCCACCUCUUAUUCCAGAAAUCUUUGAGGCCUGUAGCUCAUGAAGUCAACCUGUACUGUAGGUAAUACAUAAUGUGCAUCAAUGCAGUCCAAUUUGAUGCAGGACAUGACGCAGGCACCUUGCACGUUUUAUUCACAUUCACAGAUAGGUAUUUUACGUGACUGAAAACACAACAUUUUACGAGUCAUAAAAUGUACAAAUUUCCCUUUACACAACAUAUGAACAUACUCAGUCUUCCCCAGUCAGCAUGUGUCAUUCUGUCUGUCUACCAGUGGGUGGCAUUGGCUUCUAUUAUUUCUACUCAAUUAAUUUUCUUUGUUUCAUCACUACAAUAUAAAGAAAGUUUCACAUUGAUAUGUUUGGGUUUAUAAAAAAUACUGUUGUCUAAUUGUAAUUCUUCAUUUACAGGUGGAUUUAUGUCUUAUAUGCCAUCCCUCUCAUUUCAUCUUAACUGGUGAAGGCUAUGACAAACGACUGAAAGAACUUUUGGAUGCAGAGAUCCUGCCCAUGGCGAAAGAGUUCGACAAAAAGCUGAAUGAUGAAACCAUCUAUGAGAAAAGGUUGCAGACAGCCGCAGACAAUUUCAUCGCAGCUGCCUCCAAACUGCCUAGAGUUUCUGGAUGCUUCCCUCCAUGUGGUUUUCAGAGUGCAGGUGCAGUAUACAACUGUAUUACCUGCCAGUAUGAUUCCUGUGAAUUCCCGCUCGACUGUCCAGUUAAAGAAAUUAAAGCAAUGGAGAACAGCAGGAGCCAAAUGUGGUGUGAAGUGCCAUUUCACUUACCAGACGAUAUGGAGGUGAUCUGGAGGUUUGCAGAAGAGGUGGAAACCCAGCAGGUGGAUCAGUUUAAAGAAGUGACUGCGGGGGUGGACAAGCUCUAUUCCAUCCCUUCAACCAGCUUGCAUCAUCAGGGCACCUACCAGUGUGAGAUCUACUCAGGCCAACGCUCCAUUGUCAGGCUAUACUACUAUCUCACAGUGACCCCCCAGGUUGUGGCAGGCCACACAGAGCUGCAGGAGAUAUUCGACCUGUCUCUGCUCCCAGGAGGGCGGUUACUCCCUGCGUCUGGUGGGCCCCCCCACCUCCUCCUCCCCUCGCCACUGCUUCUCACUGCCUGUUUAACUGCUUUGCUUCUGCUGCUGUUCCUCUCCCUGGGAGCUUUUUAUUGGUCAUCAAAACCAGAGAAAACAAGUCAAGCUGAACAAGAAGAUGGAGAUGUAGAUUUUGGAUUUUUGAAAGCUGGGAAGAUACAUGUCGUGCAAUAAAGGCAUUUCAUCAA